ACUAGAAAUAUAGCCACAAAUAGCUGCGGCGGCGAGUCCGCGUUGUUCCGUACGCCGCAGCACACCAAUCAUCUUCUCUCUCUCUCUCUCUCUCUCUCUCUCUCUCUCUCUCUCUCACACACUCGGAAUCCGAGGCGUCGCAGGACUUCGAUUGAAGCUGCGCAACGCCGCAGCACACCCAAUCAUCUUCUCUCUCUCUCUCUCACACACUCGGAAUCCGAGGCGUCGCAAGACUUCGAUUGAAGCUGCGGUGCUUCUAUACAGAAACCCUAAUCUCACUCAACUCAAGGUAAUUGCACUCUUCAAAUCCCUAAUUUCGAGCCCUUUUCUAUCAAGUUUCUCUUUUCCGUUUGGUUGCCGAGAAACCCUGGAAUUUAGAGUACUUUCUGGGUGGUCUCUUACAAAAGAAGUUGCUUCUUCGUAAAUAUGGAAUCCCAGAAUUUUAUCGGUCUCCUUGCUUCUGGUGAUUCUGUCAUCGAGAAUGUGGGGCACGAAAGUGAUGUUCAAUAUGAAGUUAAAGAAAAUGGGGCGGAUCUGGGGCAGGAAAGUGAUGUUCAAUGUGAAGUUCAAGCUAACGGUGAGAACCUGAGGCAUGAAAGUGAUGUUCAAUAUGAAGUUACCCAUUGCAUGCUGGAAUCAAACCUUGAAAAAGAAUUGGUUGAAGGUGAUUCAGAUAUGGAAAUUGAGGACAUAAACAACCUCCCUGCCUUGGACAGUUCUCGUUCGGCAAAUGUUGAAAUCAAAUUAGGGGGUAACAAGGACGGGGAUGCUCAUUGUAUACUGUCUGAAACUGUUACAGUUGCAGGAAAGUCAAAUGUUUUGUUCCCGAAGGUGCAUGAAAAUGGUUGCCUUCCGGUCCAAGAUUCAAGUACCUUUAAAGUCCCCAAAAAGGGCGGCACUUCUGUAUCAGGUGUUAAGAGAGCUAGAAUGACAGUUGAUGAACAUAAAGCUUCAGUGCAUGUGACAUAUGAGUCGUUGACAAGAGCUAGUAAACAAAAGCUUGAAGAACUAUUACAGCAGUGGUCAGAGUGGCAUGCAAAGCAUUCUUCUUCAUCUCAAGAUUCUAUUGAAGUAGUGGAAUCAGGCGAAGAGACCUUCUUUCCAGCUCUUCAUGUUGGCAUAGAGAGGACGUCUGCGGUGUCUUUUUGGAUCGACAACCAAACACGGAAGGCAGAUAACAACGAAUCCAAUAUUUUGGAUAACAAUGAUGUGCCCCUGUAUGAUCGGGGUUACGCCUUAGGUUUGACUUUGGCGGGUGGCUCAAGUAAUGCGGAGGGAGGCUUGGAGAUUAUAGAUGAUGCAAGCCGUUGUUUCAAUUGUGGCUCUUAUAGUCAUUCGUUGAAAAAUUGUCCAAAGCCUCGUAACAAUGCAGCUGUCAACAGUGCCCGUAAACAGCUCAAGUCCAAACGUAAUCAGAAUGCUAGUUCUCGCAAUCCAACACGAUACUAUCAGAAUUCUCCAGCUGGAAAGUAUGAUGGUUUAAGGCCUGGUGCCCUCGAUGCUGAGACACGGAAGCUUUUGGGUCUUGGGGAGCUUGAUCCACCACCUUGGCUUAACAGAAUGCGAGAAAUUGGUUACCCACCAGGAUAUCUAGAUGUAGAUGAUGAAGAUCAGCCAUCAGGGAUAAUAAUAUAUGCUGAUGGGGAAAUUAAGGAAGAACAGGAGGACGGGGAAAUUAUUGAGACAGACUUUGCUGAUCCAGCGAGGAAGAAGACGGUCAAAUUUCCAGGAGUAAAUGCACCAAUCCCAGAAAAUGCUGAUGAGAGACUUUGGGCUCCUGGACAUUCAUUUGAAGAUCUCUCUAGGAACCGUUCACACAGCAGAGUGAGCCAUCAUUCAGAACCUGUCAGCAGAGGGCAUCACCGCGAGCAAAGGUGGUCCAGGGAUUGUAGAGACGAUGGGCCUCCUGGCGUUGAUCCAGGUUUUGCGCCAUCUAGUUACCCUCCAAGAUACGGUAGCUAUGAUUACGGUUACAACUCUCACGGUUCAAGUAGUGCUUCAGCACCAAGAAGUCCUACCUUCGGAAGGUCCCAGUCAGACAGAGUUAGAAGAAUCCCGUCAUCCAAUGAAGGUUCUUUUCCAUACUCCAAUUCUCGUCAUUCACCAAAGAAUUAUGACUCGGGCAGUACUGAAAGUUGGAACGAUGGAAGCAGGAAUGACUACGACCUUGAUCUUUCAACUUAUAGUAGGGAUAGGCUAGACAGGCAUCGCCAUCACCGCAGGAGGUAAUGGCAAUGACAUGUAGCCAGUAGAGAUGCUUACUGUGAUGGAUAUAGGGAUAGUUUAAUCCAAGGAGGCAGUUGUACAAAGAACUAGAUGUGAUGAGUUUAGAUGGCUCUGUGAUCAUCAGCUGCUGUUGUUGUAUGUUAUUCUCUAAUUUAAUGUACUCGAAGAUUCCAAGUUCGAAAACUUUGUCGCUUUCGGGCCUCAUCAACAUUUAAAUAAAAAUAAGAAUUUAUGGUAGAGUGAA